AUGACAUUAAAGUAUGAAAUUGUUUUAUCCACUAUUCAUAAGUAAUGAAAAUAAUAUCAACAAAUAAUUAAAUUAUUUACAAUUACAUUAAUUAUCACACUUCGCCAUAUACUUUUUCUCUCCCACUUUCCUCCAUAAAACAACAUUUUCCUUCCACUCUAAACUUUCUCUCCUUUUCUUUUCCCUCCCCUCCAAAUGUUCCUUCCCCUUCAUUUUCCUCUCUUCCUUCGGGAACAGAGUGUAAGAAAACGCUAAUCUAACCUAGAGCUAAACGCCGCCCCAACCCUCUCGAUUCUUCCUCUCGUUUUGGCUUCUUCGAACCAGAGACCCCUCUGGUUUCUCGUCGCCGCCAUCUCCUCUUCUUUCCCCUCGCGUUCUCUCCGUCUCUCUCUAAACCGAGAGGGAAGGCAGUACAAACCUUCCCCUCUGCUCGGUCCUACUUCUCUCCCUUUCAUUAUUUAUGGAAACGAAGGAGAAAAUGAGGGAGGGUAUCGCCGACGGCGACUGAAGACAUACGCCGCCGACGAUGACAACGAUGGCGACAAGGCUGAAAUUAAAGUUUCAUUUUUGUUUGGAUGUACGAUUUUUACCAUUUUCAGGUUCCGAUUUUAUGGUUUUUGAGAUUCUAAUCCUUAUUUCUUGUUUUUAUUUCCGGAAAGCCGACCCAAAGCCGAGAGGAACUCUCGAUUUGCCUUUCUAGAUGGAGCGUCGAUGGCGGUGAGAAGGUCUUACCCUCUGGUAAGCAUUCGGAAAAGAGAAAUGGAAGCUGCUAGCGGCGCGGCCCUUGCUAGAAUCCGACGAUCUCUACAAUUUGAAGAGACACUAGGUCCUUGGUAUUUUCUGGCCGAAGAUGAUCUGUGGAGACCAAAAAGCCUCCUGAUUGGUGCCCAAAAAUGGAAGAAAUCUUUUCUUUUUAUUUAUUCUUAAUUUCUUAUUUGUUCAUCUUUUAAAUGUAAUAAUUAUUAAGUGUAUAUUUGUACUUUGUAAUUACGCAUGCAAUUAUUGUUGUUACUUAUCAUUAGAAUGAUGAUAUAAUUAUUGAAAUGUAUGACCCAAACAUUCAAUUGAUUCUUCCCAACCCAAUUUGGUUGCUUUUUCUCCAAUCGUAACUCAAAUCCCAACUUCUAAGUAAGUAGUUCCUAACUAUGAAUUUUGACCAAUAUUGGUAAGAUUGCCAUUGUCCUCCUAUCACAUUCGACUAAUUUUAAACCUAUGCCACCAAUCGUUAACCGAAUAUGGUAAUAUUAGUAUAGGUUGUGAUGGCAUACUACUGCUGUUCUAAAUAAAGUGAAUUUGAUAUC